GAGAAGGUCCAGAUCACCGCGUCGCUGCAGGGCCUCGCCCCGGGCCUCCACGCCAUCAACAUCCACGAGAACGGGAACGUGGAGUGCGCCGACGGAUCGUGCACGGGAGCCAGCUGGAACCCACAGGACAGGCCCCACGGCGGACCCAACUCGCUCAAGAAGCACAUCGGGGACCUCGGGAACGUGACGGCGAAUGAUUCGGGAGCCGUCGAGGACACGUUCAAGGACCAGUACAUCGCGCUGAGGGACGGUAAGAACAUGUUCAACGUGGCGGGUAGGUCCAUAGUGGUGCGUCAGGGCGCGGACGACUUCACCACGCAGAGCGACGACGGCGGCGCGGGCAAGAUCCUCGCGUACGGCACCAUCAAG